AUGUAUAGGGGUUGGUCAAUACAUGAAAGAUAUAGUAACAAAGAGGACAAGGGACAUGAAGGACAUUGUUGCAGAGAAGGAGAGCGACAUUGCAAGCACAAUAAAAGAGAAAGCAUAAUACAGGCUAAAGAGGAGGCACAGGAGGUUGCUAAUAAAUGGGAUAAGGCUAGUUUGGCAUCAGAGAAGGCACAGGAGGUUGCUAAUAAAUCAUUAGAGAAAAUGAAGGAAGAAAAAAGGAAAGCAUACAAGAAGGCAAAGAAGAAAGCAUCAAAGCAGGUAGAGCAAGCUAAUGAGGUCGUGAGGGAAAUGGGAGAGAGGACGGCCGAGGAGACCAGGGAGAGGCAUAAGAAGAUUGAGGAGGAGUUGAAUCGGGUAAAGGAUGAGUCUAAAGAGGGUUACAAGAUCACAAAAGACAAGGUGGAGGAAGUUCUCGAGUCUACUAAGGAAACUAUUACCUCUAACUAUGAGGCCACCAAGAAGAGUCUCAAUAAUUGA